UUCAUAUUCAUAUAUACUAUUUUAUAUUUAGCGUCAAUUAUUAAUUUAUAUAUACUUCACCUUCAACAUUCUAUUACAUACACAUAGAAAUCGAGAGGGAAGAAAAAGAUGAGAUCAACCAGUUGCUGUCUCCGUCUUUACCCUACACCAACUUCAAACGCUUCCCUCAUCCCCACAAACCCACCUCAUCUUUCCUUGGAGAAAAACAAAGGAAGCUGGAAAAGGCCAUGCGUUGUGAUAGGAGUAGCUUCGUGCUUCACUAUAAUUGGACUACAAUUCAACAAUUCAGUGAUAUCAUCGCAUGAAGUUGUUGUUGUGCCUAAGGAGGAGAUCAUGGUUGUGACCAUGUCAAAUUCAAUGGGUGAUGAAUAUGAUGAGCAUGAGCAUGUGGUUUUGGUUGGUGGUGUGGCUAAAUGGAGCCAGAAAAGGAUGUGUCCGUCGUGGCAAGGAAAUAAUCCGCUUGAAACCAUCGUGCCGGAGAAUCUUCCACGGCCAGCAUCACGACGGCGAUACGAGGCGGUUCGCUCCGACUCCAGGACUGCGCCGCCGCUCUCGCUUUCUUCCGUCAAACUUAAAACCAUUAGGGAGGAUUGUUUCUCCAUGUGAAAUUAAAUUACUCAAUCAGUAAUAAAUUGUACAAAUUAAUUUCGUGAUCAUAUUCAUACUUACAAAUCAAAUGAAACAUUAUUUUCUAGAAAUAUAUCAAAGGUAGUGUAAUAAUGAUUGUAAUAUAGCUAGUACAUAGUACUCGGUUGGAUUUAUGCACGUUGAACAUUGUAGUACAUGUAGUACAAAUUUCGAUUGCUUUCCCGUUUUACCCUCUAAUUCAAUAACACAUUACCCAUUGUACUACA